ACCGAGUCUAUCUGUCUUUUUUUCUUACUUGAAUAGCAACUUUCAAAUCACGCAAACUACAAUGCUCCACAACGAAGGAAGUCUAGCACUGACUGUGGUCUCGGCGAACGACAUGCCGGAUGUCGAAAGAAUGGGCAAACAAGAUCCUUAUACCCAGCUCACAUUACAUCUGGAUAACAAGGAGUCGUGGCAAAAGACAGGAGUCCAAAAGGAUGCGGGCAAGAACGCUUACUGGAACCAAAACUUUGAGUUCGCCUUGACGGGCGAGCCCGAACUUUAUGUCGAAGUCAUGGAUGAGGAAAAAGGAGUCGAUGAAGUCAUUGGCUUUUGCGCGAUCCCCAUCAACCAGGUUGUCCAAGCUCCUGGUGGCUAUUUCAAUGGCCUGUUUGGUCUUUUUCUUGUCAAUGGCAAGAGUGCUGGUAGUAUCCACAUGAUCUUGACAGCCCGUGGAUUCAACAGUCCACCUGGCGGCAACCAACAACAACAGCAGCCGGUUCAAGGUCGCUCACAUAUCAGUGAGGAACAUCUCAAACGCGUCAAGACCAUGCGUCACAAGGCAUUUGCGGGUGACAUUGGUACUGCUGUACUAGGCGGCGCACUAGCUGUGGGAGCAGGAUUCCUUGGUAACAAGUUCUACAAGGAUCAUGAAAAGAAAGAACAAGAAGAACAAGAACAAAAGGAACAAGAACAGGAAAAACUCGAACGCGAACAGGCAGAGGCUGAAGCACAGCGACGUCGUCAAGAAGAAGAAGCAAAGCAGCGGGCCGAGUUCGAGCGUCGUCACCAACAGGAGCAACAUGAGGAUGAAGGAGAAGGUGAGCAUCAUGAUCAUAGUUGCAGUGGCCAUCACCACCACCACGAACAUCAUCAUUCGUCUGGGGGUGGUGCCGGUGAUUGGGAUCCUGUUGGCACUUACGCCGCUGGUGACCGUGUCCAGUACCAUGGUCGCGAUUAUAUCUGUCUCCAGGGCCAUACCUCAAAUCCUACUUGGCAGCCAGGCGCUGCUGUUUCCCUCUGGCAACCCGCUUAAAUACAUAAUCCCUUCUUUUUUCCUUCUUCCCAAAAAAAACCCCCAAGUUGUUUUAUGCCUUUUUGUGAAUAAAUUGGUUUUGUCUACGCAAAAGUAAGAUUAUUCUCUCACGCAUCUGUUUUGACGGAGGAGACAG